CUUCUCUUUGUCGCUGUCUUUGCAUAUUGCUUUUCAAUGCUUUUCUUCUUCAAAGGACCCCCCCUUUGCAAAACAAGUCACAGCCAUGUCCGUUCUCGCUCUCUUCCUCUGGUUCUUUCACAGUCGCAGCAAGGCUGUGCAAGAGCAUGUCCUCGUGUUCUUGCGACCCGUCAUGUUCAAACUUCUCAAUCCCUUUCGUUCUGCCCAUCACUUCAACACCAUGAGAUCAAGCACAAUCGUCACCAUCGACGAGAUUCCAACACUUCAGGACAGCUACAAGGACUACCCGGAACCACCAAAGGGGCAAGGUACUAUGAAGCGCUUCUUCAGUUUGUCUUUGUCUAACGCCACCAACAUGGCGAUUUUAAUUUCAUUGUGCUGCAUUUUGGUUCAAUAAAUAGAGCUGAGGUAUGCGGCGAAUG